GUCAAAAUUGCAAUCUUGGACACCGGAAUUGCGAAGAGAGCCACUAGGGAGAUGCCAAUCCCUCCCUUGAUUAGCCUAUGUGGACCUCGGGUGAAAUUAGGAAAGGUUGUCGACAAGUCGUUGCCCCCAUAUGAUGACACAGACGGCCACGGAACGCACGCCGCCGGUCUGAUCCUGAAAGUGUGUCCAUAUUCGACCAUAUGGGUUUAUCGCAUCGUGCGAGGUCCUAGUGAAUCGAUUAAGACACAGUACGUUACGGAGGCCCUCGCCGACGCCGUAGAUAAGAAGAAAGUGGAUAUUGUUACGAUGUCCUUUGGAUGGGAAGAGGACAGUGAUGAAGAACUCCGCAAGGUGAUCGAUCGAGCAAAAAGCCAAAAGGUGCUGUUGUUUGCCGCUAGCUCUAACGAAGGGAUUCGUAGAGGCAUGGCAUAUCCGGCCCGAGCGGACGAAGUAAUCGCAGUUGAUGCUGCGGAUGGGUUUGGGUUGCCCUCAAGAUUUAACCCGCCCCAAGAAGGGGAAAAGCAACGAUUCACAGCGCUGGGUGAAGCUGUGGAGUCUUCGUAUCCUACGCAGCUUGCAGAAGAGGGGCAAACUCGAGGAUGGAAGAGGAUGUCUGGAACUUCAUGCGCCACUCCGAUCGCAGCAGCUAUAGCUGGACUCAUCCUAGAAUUCUCUCGACAACGACCUCUCUGCUUUGAUCCAUCUGUUGAAGCCCAUCUUAAAUCCGUGGCGGGCAUGCGGGAAGUUUUUAGCAAAUUGUUCUCUCAGAAAACGGCAGAGAGCUCACAUUUCAGACACCUGGACCCGAACACUGUAUUUUACUGCAAUUCCGAGUUCGAGGAAGGUGGUGAAUGGUGUCAGAAUUCAAGUCCGAGGUUGAACGCUGCGAAUAGUAUUGUUGAGUGUUUGAGGAAGAGGUUUUCGCGAAAGAUAGGGUCUUUGAUGAAUGAGAAGAUUCAAGAAGAAUGGAGCAGACGAAGCCAAGUAUAA